AUGCGGAUUAUAGUUAAGAAUUUACCAGUAACUGCAACAAAGCAGGAUAUAAAAGAGCAUUUUUCUGAAAAGGGGGUUCCGACGGACGUGCGCCUUCUAAGCACGAUGCGUGGUGAAAGCCGAGGAAUUGCAUUUAUAGGAUAUAAGACCGAAGAGGAAUCUGAGGCCAGUAUAGUGCACUAUAACCGGGCAUACUAUAAUGGAAACAAGUUGGUUGUGCAGAAAAGCGAGAGCAAGGAGGCUCGUAAUAGGACUAUGCAAGAAGACCGCCCAGUGAAGCAACAAAAAGCGGUAAUUGAUGGGCUUGAGGUGGGAGAGAUGAAAGAAAUACUAAAGCUUCUUCAGGCCAAAAAAGAGAAUGUGUGGUCUAUGACGGUAGAUGAUGAAAGUCCAGAAAAGGAAAAAAAGAAAAGAAGGAGAAGUCACUCAAGGAUAUUGUUGAGAAGUAUCGAAAAACAGCAGAGACAAAAAACAAAGAGAAAGUAA